CAAUCAUCCAACCUGGACAGCGGUGCUUCGGUGAAAAGAAAACACGCUGUGGAAGCCUCCUGUACAAAAAGAAAGUAGUAGUUUACACAAGCUGAAACACAGCUGAAGUGAUAUUUUGAAUCAAUAGCUAAAAUCCUGGAAUUUACUCCGUAUUUGUCGAGUUAAAGGACAACCGGGACCCUCCGGCCCUCAAAACAAACAGACAACCCAACGAACGGCUGGUUAUUGGUUAAGCGGGCGGGAAGUGCUUUUCAUUACUGACGGUGUGAAGCUAGCGAACCAGCCAACAAUGGAGGGGGGAGGCAGGGUUUCGUGGAUGAAAUAUGGGCCUGUUUUGUCCCUGUUUGUGGUUAUUUUGGCCUUUUGGUUCCGGUCACCCCAGAAUGCAGAACUGGACGACCGGCUGGACACCGUCUUGUCCUCUCUGCUCCGGGCUGAACGCAAAGUCGGGAUGAAUAACGUCGCCAGACCGAAAGUGGCCGUUGGUUUUGGAGGUUGUGUUGACCUGAUAGUGGACGGGGUAUCGUUGCUUAAUAAGAUUGACCUCCCUCCCACGGACCAGCCCCUACAUCAUAACUACAUUGAAAAUGAAGUGCAGCUGGCUCAGAGCUUUGCCUACUUCUUUGCACCGGGAGCUGCUGCAGAGCGUUUUAUGCUAAAUGAUACCCUGUUCAGCAAGCUGGUUGAAGCAUCCCGUGACUUACCUGGAAACAGAUGGGCAGUAGGCGGCAAUGCCCCGGUAAUGGCUGGUCGCAUGGCAAAUGAGGGAUGUGAAGUGUUGCUAGGGGGAAGUUUCAGCCCCGAUUUUACAGAUGUCCUGUCACAGCACAUUACAGUGGCGGGUAACAUAGUAGAAGAGCCAGACAUUCAUCUGAUCCUGGAGUAUCCAUCUGGUGCUAGCUGGGGGCGCUAUACCUCACGCAGAGCCAACAGAUAUAUCAUCCACAGUGAUGACCAUAACCCCUACCUGGCCUCCAUAGAAGAGUUUGCUGAGAAACUUGAAGACUUUGAACCAGAUCUGCUGGUGGUGGGUGGGCUGCAAAUGAUGGAUAACUUCCCCUUCCAGUCAGGUGAGCGGGAAGCUCUCCUCUCCCGCCUGGCCAACCUCCUGUCGUCCUCAUCUCCACAGAUUGGGGUCCAUUUUGAGAUGGCCAGUUUUGUAGAAGAGAGUAUAAUGGAAGACCUACUUCACUAUGUCAUCCCCCAUGCGGACUCUUUAGGCAUGAAUGAACAGGAGCUUCCCAACCUGCUCAGUCUACUUAAAGGCUCCAACAUCACAGUAUUGUCGGACCCAAACCCUCGUGUAGCUACUGUCCUCGACCAGAUGAGGGAGGUCUAUCGCAUUUUGAACCAGCGCCAGAAGGAUGCCAGUGCAGACAGUGACACAAAUGGUGCUAAGGGUAAGCCUCUGACUCGGCUCCAUGUCCACACACUUGCCUUUCAGGCCAUGAUUGUGACACGCGGCUCCAAGUGGAAGAACACCAUGUCAGCCACAGCCAAGGCCUCUCUCACAGCUAAUCGCCAUGUCUGUGGCUCUAAUGACAUUGACCCCAGCAAGGCGAGGCUCAUCAUGGACGACUCCUUCUCCAUUAGCCGGCAGGAGGGCAGCCAGCGUAUCCCUCUGCAGGAGACCAGGCCCGUCAGCUGCUGGGAUGAAGAGGACUACGAGAUCUGUGUAGCUCCAGUGCUGGUGUGCACUGAGGUUUACCAAACUGCAGGUGGGGGGGACAACAUCUCCGCCGCUGGCCUGGUGCUGCAGAUCUAGAAAAGGACACUAUAUGGUCUAUCUGUGUGUAGUGCUGACUAGAUGUUGGCAAACAAUGUGACUCUGUCACACUGGAAACUUGAUCUUGUUGGGAUGCAAUGUAGCUGUUGUGGCAAACACAGGUACUGAUUGUGAAAUGUAUCAGGCUAAUGCUGUCACACUUGAAGCUCACGGCCCAGGUGGAUCAUAAGGAAAACUGAUUAUCAUUCUUAGGAGUCAGUUGAUGGGGUACAGUGGUUAUUAAUCAGGUUAAACCACCAGAUUUUAAUUAUAUGGGUUCAGUUUUGAUAUUUGAGAAAAAACAGUAAACUCAAACAUUACAGUUUUGUAAGGUUGAGUAUGUCUGUCUCUGUGUGUGUAUGUGUGUGUGUUUGUGUGUGUUUAUAUUGGUUUGGAGGGCAUCAUCACUGAUUUCAUCCCUCUUUCAUUAACAUCAUCUACAUAUACACUACCGCUCAAAAGUUUGGAAUCGGCUGCCACAAAAGCUUGUUUUGGUACAGUCAUUUGGCUGAGAGGAAUACUCUAUAUUUUUGAAUGGUCUUUCAUGCUUUUAGGUUGUAGAAAGUCUUAUUUACAAAUAGAUGUUAUUUUGUAUGAAGGGUUUGCAAAAAAAGAGAACAAAACGCUGUACAAUGAUUCAACCAGACAGAGAAGUGACGAAGAUACCUCUUAGCAACAGUUAAAUAUGAAUAUAAGAAAUCAGCAGUCAUUGGUAAAGGAAAUUGGAAGCUUAGCAUUAAAAUCUGUGCAGAUUUUAUUAGAAACAGGUUCCUGUUUCAGUGUCACAAUAAUGCCUCUAACAAGCUGGAAUUAACAGGUGUGUUGCUUUAGCAAAGCUAUUAUUAAAACUUCAAAAUAGAAAUAGUAGGUUAGUCUGGGGUUAGCACUGUUGGAAUUGACCACGGAAUAGCAGCUGAACGUACUAUGGACUGACUAAUCACAGUUUAAACCUAUUCUGUCUAACCACUGAGUAGACUGCAGAUGGCCCAAAGAAAAACUGGUUCCCAAAAUAUUUAGAUUGCACAGUUCAAAGCCCUUUUGCAUCCAGUUUAUUUGAUUUUUAGAACCAAAACGUUGAAGGAGACACCGCCCUGCUGUGUCCUACUUUGACACCCAACAUCUUUGCCAAGUCAUUGUAGCUCAUCAUCUGACUCCUGUCCUCCUCUACUUCUCCGCGGCCUUACAAGACUUCAGCCAGGAUGAGAUAAAGAGGGAUGAGGUUUGGAUAAAGUCACAAAGACACAAGGUUGUUUUUAUAGAGCCGCACUGGGUAGCCUGUCGCAUGUUGUUUAGUAGUGUAUCAAGACUUUGAAUACAUCAUAACUCUACUCUGGCUGCGAGGCAAAAUACCAAGUUUUGUUUUGUUAAGUCGCUGACAAAGCUGCAUAUUUUCUGCUGUAGGAUAAAUUCUCUUUGUUAUUUUAACCUGUGACUCCACUGUGCAACAAACUUAUCCAGUUGUGUAAUUACUGAAAUAGCUGAAUCAUCUGUUUCUUGGAAGCAUGUUUAUUAGGUGUUGUCACCUACAUAAAUCUUAAAAAAGCCAAACUAAGGCUGAAAAGUUGAAAAACCAGUCAGUUUUAAAAGGUCACAUCUGAACUCUUUAAUGAGAAGACUCUGUCUUGCCUCUUCCCUCUGCUAUCUCAUUCUCAAAGGCACAGAAAGAUUUACAGAAAAAAGCUAGUGAGGUUAUCACCUCCCGUUCUUCCUAAUAUAUGUGAAUAAUGUGCGUACUGGUUUGGGUGUGUUUGAUUUGUGUUAAGAUUAUCAUUCCUCUGUAUGUCAGUUGCAGUGCAAUAAUGCAAAAGAGACCACUGUUAGUAGCUGGAUAUGAUGUCAAAGAUUUCCUCUCUACUUCCACGUUCUUUUUGUUUCACCUUUCUUUAUAUGCCGUCUUGUCAUUGUCUUUCUCUUCCAUGUUCCUUUGUCAAACUUUUCUAUUACCUCUCCCGUGUUCCUUCUUCUCUUCUUGUGUCUAUUUAUGGCUCUUUAAGGACCAAAUAACCCAUGUGGACCGCCGCUGAUAACAUUGCUGCAAAGAAGUUACUGGCAGGCGGUUCUCACAUUCUCAUGUGAUAUGGCUGCAUACCGUGAAACACAAUGUCAUCUCUAGUUUUCGAUUUUUUUCUAGAAAGAGGGGGUUAGCAACAUGGAAUUGUAAGCUUGACUUGAAGCUAUUGUGUUACUCACCAUGAAUCCCCUUAAUGUGUGGAGUAGUGGACCACACAGAAAAUGUAAUAUUUUAGUCUUCAUCUUACUUGUAGUAAGAUAUCUCACUUUUCAUGUUCAUGUUAAAGCCACUACUUUCUAGAUUUAUUUUUCUUAUAAUAUUGAGAUAAUAAAAGUGAAAAUAGCCUCUAAAUGGCCAUCAACUCCCAUUUCACUCUUUUCAGAGUUGUAAUCACUUUUAUUUGAAAUUGUAUUUACAGAAGCAACUGGACUAAAACUCUAUUUUUCUCACUAUGUACAAAUCAAUCAUUCCAUCACAGACCCAGCUUCAGUUCAUUCAGAAUGAAGGAUGUUUGACAACCACAGCUGAACAUGCCAGUGGAAUAUUUUUUCCUUGCUUACACAAUUUCAUUUCUUUAUUAUUUAAGUAAAGCUGCUUGUUAAAGCCCCUUUACACUGAGGAACACAUUUAUUCAUGUUAUAAUGCAACAAGUAUGAGGUUAAGAGAAAAUGAAAAACCUAAAGGUAAAGAAAUCCCUUUAAAUGUGUGUUAAAAUUUUACUGAUUUGAUGCUGUUUUUUGAUUAUGCUGAAGGUAAAUGAGCCUUAAUCUGUUUUGACUUUUGGUGUUGAGUGAAAAGGGACUUUUUCCAAUUAUUGUAGGCUUAUGUUUUAUAUUCUGAUGUCUUUGUGAUUUGAAACCAAAAGUUAACGGGUCAUUGUUUUUACUGUGAAAUGAAACUGUUUAAAGCAGAACUUUAGCAUGCAUUCAUGCUCAGAUAGAUACUGCUUGUUUGCUAUCAUAUCACAUGCUUAUCUAAGCUCUAGGUAAGUCAUGCCAUCCCUGUUCCAAAGCUGUGUUUCAUGCAUGUAUUACUAUUGAAUGCAGAAUCACCUAUGAUAAAAUGCUAUGCUGAUAAAGCA